AUGGGUGGGAGCAAGGUAAAUCCUUCUUUGCAAGAACUGAAGCAUUUGAAGUAUUUGGAUUUGAGCAUGAAUAACUUCUCGGGUGCUCCUGUGCCCACAAUGAUCGCUUCACUGGUCCACUUGGAAUAUCUCAACCUAUCUAAUGCCAUGUUCGAUGGACUGAUUCCUCCUCAGCUGGGGAACCUCUCAAACCUACACUAUCUCGACCUUCAGGGAUGGUAUUAUGAUGAUCUUCUACAUGUUGAUGAUCUCGAUUGGCUCUCCCGUGUUCCUUCUCUAAAAUAUCUUGACAUGAGUUCUGUCAACCUCUCCAAGGUGACCAAUUGGUUUUAUGUAAUUAAUUCCAUUCCCGCACUCGAAGUGUUGCGUUUGAGCCAUGCAGACCUGCCAUAUGUUCCAUCUCCUUUGCCCACUUUUAAUCUGACAGCCAUCACUACGUUGGAUCUGUCUGGGAAUUCCAACGCCACGUCUGCCAUGCUAAGAUGGCUUUCUAACGCCACCAGCCUCGAGUACCUCCUUCUUUCUGGCUGUGGGAGUCUCACUAUCGAGUCGGUACAAGUUGCUCUAGGAGCUCUCCUUAAUCUGAAGAAAUUGGAUUUAUCAGCCAACUCCCUUAAAGGAGAAAUUCGUGAAAUUCUGAACAAUGUCAGUAGCAGGGGCCUGAAGCACUUGGAUUUGAGCUGGAAUCAAUUAUUUGGAGAUAUUCCUCCAGGGAGCCUUAGAGACCUGGAUGGAGAAAUUCCACCAACCGUAGGAAAAUUUGUCCGAUUGGAGUACCUAUAUUUGUCCAAUAAUGGCAUCAACGGAAAAAUACCACAGGCCAUCGGCAACCUCAGUAACCUAUUGGAAUUACAUUUAUCAGGCAACAAAAUUGUGGGAUGGAUACCACCGAGCAUCGGCAACCUCACCAACUUGGUUUUGGAUCUUUCUUCCAACAAUUUAUUUGGUAGCCUACCAUCAUCUCUAGGAAAUUUCACUGCCAUGGUUGAGGUACAAAAUAAAACAUGGUCAUGGCUUAAAGAAAACUAUUCUUAUAUCGAGAGCAGAUUAUUCACAUCAAAUGGAUUAAUAGUUGAAGAAUACUAUUCUUAUAGCGAGAGCAUCUUGCUAACUACAAAAGGGGAAAUUGCUGAUUACACAACCAUUCUCUCGCUCGUGACAUUCAUAGACUUGUCAAAUAAUCAGCUCUCUGGUGAAAUCCCAAAAGACCUGACAAAGCUUCUCGGAUUGCGCUUCCUAAACUUAUCCAACAAUCAUUUGACGGGGAGGAUUCCAGAAAAGAUGGGUGACAUGAAACUGUUAGAAUCACUUGACUUAUCUGUGAACAGUCUGACAGGGGAGAUACCUUCGAGCUUUUCUGCUAUGCAUUUCCUGGAACGUUUGAAUCUGUCUUACAACAACUUAUCAGGAAAAAUACCCACGAGUGGUCAAUUGUCGACCUUUGACUCAUGGACAUAUGUGGGUAAUAAAGGCCUUUGCGGUAUACCACUGCCAGAUUGCCCUGUUUAUCAAACUCCACCUGACGCCACAGUUAAACAUGAAGAUGAUGAGAAGCUCGACAAAUUAUUGGAGUACACCAGUGUUGUGAUCGGAUUUGUGGUUGGCUUUUGGCUGUUUAUUGGCACGCUCAUCAUGAAGCAGGCCAUCAGAUUCGCUUUCUUCCGAUGGAUCGACGAGGCCAGCGACUGGAUCUAUGUCCAGUUUGCAGUAAAGCUUGCGAAGCUCAAAUCCAAAUGGCAAACAACGACAUGA